AGCAAAUUUACUUACUAUACUGAACACUUUCAUAAUUAAAAAUGAAAGUUAUUUUCGGUGUAAUGGUACUAUGUACAGUAAAAUCUUAUAUUAUACAAGCAUCACCAAUGAUUCACAAAAAUGUUGAAUUAGGCGAAAGCUUGCCAACGAAUGAAGAUCAGGAAAUCACAGCAUUCAACGGUUACAUUCCUACUGCUGGAAUUGGUAUCCAUAAAUAUCAUAACGCUCAAAGGCAAAGCUGGAAUGAUGCUCGAAAAACUUGUCUAAACGAAGGAGGACAUUUAGCUGUUAUCAAUUCAGUUGCAGAAGAGUCACUGAUUAUAAAGUAUAUGAACAUAACUGGCAACAUAUCUGUAGAUCAAUUCUGGAUUGGUAUCCACGAGCUCUUCAAAAAAGACGAGUGGAUAUCGGUAAAAGAUGAGAGAUUGGAUGCGAUCGGUUACACGCAUUGGAUGGCAGGUCAACCUGAUGGCACUCCGAACGAACAUUGUUUGACUAUUACUCCGCAUGGCAUGAAUGAUUUCGUUUGCGACCACCCAUUAUAUUUUGUGUGUGAACUGUAGUUCCAAUGUUUCUGUAUAUUUAUUUUUUUUAAACUACCGCGUAAUAAAGUGUUACAUUUAUUUUUUAUAUGGUAAUUGUCAUCGAUCUGAUUAUUACAAUUAUUAUAUAAUCAAAUAAUUCAAACAGCUGUGCGUAAUCUUUUAGCUGAUUAAAUAUGUUUUCCUCUUAAAUAUAAAUAAUUGUCGUAGAUAUAGUAAUCAUUAAAUAUCAAAUUUGUAGUUUUUUUGUUUAUCACUUUUUGUAACAUAUUCUUGGAAUCAUGGAAUGGUAGUGAUUAAUUUCACCAUUCGAACUACCUCAUUUGGAAAAAUGCACAAAAAAGACAGUAACUUAUCUGGAUAAUCAAACUUAUAAAUUAUUUUUUUUCACUACAAGCGAGUAUUAAUAAAAAUAUUUUACACUUGAGCUUGUUGAGAAUGAGUUUACCUUUGUGUUACGUCAUUGCUUCAAUGUCAGACCAGAAAUGCCUCGACUAUUUCACGAGCUUUUUUUUCAUAAUUUAAAUGGAUCUUUUAUGCCUAAAGGCGAAGGUUUGUAUGAUAACAUGAGCAAUUUUCAAACAUUGUGCAUCAGAAUUCAACGACGAAACAUCUUAGGCAUAAAUUCACGCGAGACUGUUACGUUUUUCACUUUGGGAUUUUUGAGUUGUGAGAGCGUGAGGCUGCAUGUCAGCUGUUGAAACAAUUAAAUGAAAUAUCUGUAUGAACG